AUGAAUUCAUUGAGACGUUCACCAAUAACUGGACUUUACCAUCCGAGAACAACUAUUUAUUCAUUAUCUAAUUCAUCUUUAACAGAUAAUCAAAGUUCAUCAUCUCUAAAAAGAAAAACAUCAACUGUUGAUCGAAUAUUAUAUGCUGAUAAAUCAGGAUUUUUACCGUCAGAAUCCUAUUCAUGUUCUUCUCGUUCACAGUCAAAUGUUGAUUUAUCUAAAUCAUUAUCUUCUCUUGAUCAAUCUAUUCUUGAAGCUCAAGUAAAACGAGCUCUUUCUUGCAAUGAAACAAUGGAAGCAACUAUUAAACGUAUACGUACUGAAGGAUUAUAUUCUAUCAAAGAUUUAAUCAAUCAAAAUGAAGUUUUAGAACGUUCUCUUCAAGAAUCGAAUAUGAAAAUUUCUCAAUUAGAAUAUUUAUUAAAUAAAACAAAACAACAAAGAAUUAUUUCAAAUGAUAUAACAACAUCAAUAUCGAAUUAUGAAGAGAAAAUAAAAAAUUUAGAAAACGAUAAACUUCAAUUAAAACUUCAAUUUGAACAAUGUAAAAGUCUUCAUUCCAAAGAAGUAACUCAACUUGAACAAAAUAUAAAUGAUUUAAAACAUCAAUUAGUUGAUACAGAAAAUAAAUUCAAAUUAAUUCAAAUUGAACAAGAGAAAAUAAAUAGCAUAAAUCAAAAUAAUUUAAAUCAAUUAAAUGAAAAAAAUCAACUUAUUGAACAAUUACAAAAGCGUAUUACUGAAGUUGAAUUAAACUUAUCAAAAAUAGAUUCAAACAAUAUUAUCAAUCAAACAUUAGUUGAUGAUGUUAAACGAAUCAAUGAUUUACGUUAUGAAAAUGAACAAUUAAAAAAAGAUAUUCAAUUACUUAAGCUUAAAUAUAAUGAACGAUUAACACAUAAUGAAGAAAUUCGAGUGUUACGUAAACAAGUUAAUACAAAAGAUAAUUAUCGAACACAAAUAGCUCAACAACAAGCAGAAAUUCAUAAACUUCGUGAACAGUUAGCAAAUAUCAACAAAACAAAUAUGGUUUAA